UUGCCUCCGUCGAGAGAAAAAGAGUGGGAGAUGCCUUCUCCUUUUUGACCGAUCUUGGCGGCAAGAAAAACCAACCGACCGUCACCACACAGAGAGCUCCAACUGCUCUGCUGGAGGCCCUCAUGAUAAUUCCAUACCAUGUUUUCCAGAUUCAAGGAAUAUGUGUGCGGUAGUGCAGCUUCCCCUGCGGAGAAGAAGCUUCUACGGAAGCUUGAUUUCUUCAUCCUCACGUUCUGCUGUUUGGUCUAUUUUUUCAACUACCUUGACCGGUCGAAUUUGACCAAUGCAUACGUGUCGGGGAUGAAGGAAGAGCUGAAUUUCAAGGGAAACCAGUUAACUGUCAUCAAUACCAUCUUCACAGUUGGAUACAUCGUGGGCCAGGUCCCGUCAAACCUCGCGUUGACCUAUGUCCGCCCGCGCAUCUUCUUGCCGGCAAUGACCAUUCUGUGGGCAGGGCUUACCAUGAUCACCGCAGCUGUACAUAAUCCGCAAGGGAUUAUGGCCAUCCGUUUCUUUUUGGGAGUGGCAGAAUCAAGCACCUUUGUGGGAACUCACUAUAUCCUUGGUGCAUGGUACACGGAAAGGGAAUUGGGGAAACGGAGUGGCAUUUUCACUGCAUCAGGAUUAGCAGGAACAAUGUUUGGCGGUUUCAUUCAGACCGGUAUACAUUCUUCGCUGGACGGUGCGCGGGGGAUGUCGGGAUGGCGAUGGCUUUUUAUUAUUGAUGGCAUAAUCACUAUCCCAGUUGCCCUAUACGGUCUCUUUCUGUUCCCAGAUACCCCAGCGACUACCAAUGCCCCUUAUUUGACUGCAUCGGAGCGUGCCCUGGCUAUAUCACGCGUACCAGAAACCGGUGCUGUUCGAACACCACUGAAUCUCGCGUUUGCCAAGCGUCUUUUUGGCACCUGGUUCUGGUAUGGUUUCGUCAUGCUCUGGGUUAUCGCGGGAGAAACUGAGUCCUUUUCCUCCAAUUCCCUUCUGGCGCUAUACAUGCAAGCACACCCUACUAUCAAAUAUACGGUCGCUCAAAUGAACGAUUAUCCUACUGGCGUGCCAGCAGUGGGCAUCGUAUCAACCUUGUUCUGGGCCACGCUGACUGAUUUUUUGGGAGGGAAACGCUACCUUGUGGGAUACUUCAUCGCUGUCACGGGAAUCGUGACAUCCGUCCUAAUUCUGACACGGUUCUCAGAUACAGCGACUGUCUUUGGCGCGUAUUACUGGGCGGGUGCCGUAUAUGCCUGUCAGGCCACUUUUUUCGCCUGGUGUAAUGAUGCUAUGCGCGAUCACGAUGGACGGCUACGCUCGGUCGUACUUGCAAGUAUGAAUAUGGGGAACAAUGCAGUCAAUGCCUGGUGGAGUAUUCUGUUCUAUUCUGCCGAUUUUGCCCCUAAGUUUACCAAGGGCAUGUGGGCUAUGAUAGGCUGUUCGAUUGCUCUGGCAAUAUGGACUUCAGUGGUUCUGUACAUGUCCGUGAGGGAAGAGAAGAAGCAGCGCUCGAGCGUGAUAGUGCAAUCUGACGAUACAAGGCAUGUAGUCUCUCAGAAGAACUAGAGGAAUAAAAUAUAGGUAUGUACAGCACAUUCGGCUGUUGGGAUCGAAGAAAGCAUGAAAUUGACUUUUGUUGAAAUAGAUAAUGAGAUAUGUCAUCAAAUUAAAG